CUGUGCUGAGAGAGAACGGUCAUUUACCACAAUGAUGCUGGGACGGCUGACAACGCUGACUCUUCUUAUUUCAUUGUCUGCAGCCGCUCCUCGCCAGAUCUCUGUGAUUGUGGUGGAAGUUGGCGGGACCGUUGACUUCCCAUGCCCGGUCUCCGAGAAGGAGGGGAAGUUCUUCCACUGGUACAAGCAAAGUCCUGGAUACCUGUUUGAAACGGUUGCCACGGGAACGUUUACCAAACAGAUGCUUCAGGGGCCGUUCCAGAACCCUCGUUUCAAAGUGACAGAGGGGGAUUCCAAUUAUAUUCUUUCCAUCACUGAUGUCGUAAAAGAGGACGAAGGAACAUACUUCUGUCAAAAUGGAACUGCGUAUUCUCAGACUUUCGUUUAUGGCAAUUUCUUGGCUGUGAAUGAUCAGAGUCAGCAGAGAAACGUCUUUGUGAAACAGAGUCCAGAAACGGCCUCAGUCCACCCGGGGUUCACUGUGACGCUACAGUGUUCCCUUCUUUCCCAGAAAAUAGGAAACCGUGUUGAAUGUCCAGAUGAUCAAAUGGUUUACUGGUUCCGAGCUGCGUCGCAACACAGUCAUCCUGGAAUAGUUUACACUAACAGGAGCAGAAGUGCGGAAAAAAGGAGCUGCGUCUACAGUCUGACUAAAACCAUCGAGGACUCCACUGAUGCUGGGACUUACUACUGUGCUGUGGCCAUAUGUGGAGAAAUCCUGUUUGGUGAAGGAACCGAAGUGGAGACAAGACAAGAAUGGCACCUUGUUGCCGCUGUGCUCGGGGCUCUGUUGGCACUCUGUCUGAUUGUGAUUGCCGUCCUUGUUUGCUCAAGACACUGAGGUCAUGGUGUGGUCAGAAUUAUCAGUGACAAUGCUCAUACUUUCCAUCAUGUCUUUCCACUACUACCCUCCGAAAGGCGCUACGGGGCCCUGAAGUGCCGCACCACGACACUGGGGAACAGCUGCUAUCCCUCGACUGUACAAGAACUGAGUUCUCGGGUCCCCACACCUCCUCCAUCGCUCAGCCUUUGGAUUUGUCUUGAUAUGAGUAAACUGUGUGCAAUCAAUGUCUCUAUCUAGAAUCUAUAUCCACUUAACUAUAGUUUUUACAUUAGGGAGAACUGUUUUAAAUGUAGUUGUAUUGUUCUCAAUGCAAUGAUAAUAAAGACAUUCUAUUCUAUUUA